ACUCCAGCUUCAGGCAACAGCAUGGUUCUUCUCAGGAACCUCUUCAUCUUGCAAGCGGUACGGCUGGUGCUAACUUACGACUUUUCUAACUGUGACUUAAAGAAGAUUUUGGAUAUACAUGAAGCAAUAAUUUUUGUUGACCUGAACAAAUAUUUAAAUGGGAGUCAGUUCAGCCAAUCCGUGUCCUGUAACGACGAGACGGAAUGCCUGAUGAAAAUCGAGCACCACACUCUCAACCCGAUCCCUGGCUGCCCGUCGCUCCCCAGUAAAACGUUCGCCGUGAGGACGAAAGAUCUCUUUAAGCACCACUGCCAGGGCUACCGUGAACCCGAGAGUCGCACUACUCAGGAAAUGAAGGAAGAGGUCGAAGACAUAUGCCUGAAUCAAACCUCACAAAUAAAAGGAUUGUGGUCUUACCUCAUUAUAACUACAAAACAGUAAACUUAGCUUUCAUUUCAUAGUGUGAAAAAUACAUGUUGUUUUUAGGACAUAUAGUACUAAGGGUGUGGCAUUUUAAAGAACACUUAUGCUUAUUCUCAAAUUACAGAAGGGUGCUUGUCAACCUGCUGCAUUUUAGUGUAGGUGCCUUACUGGGGGAUGAGCACUACCCCUCAAAUGUCAACGGGAAUGUCUUACUCUGAGCAAGGCUUCUCCUCUGUAGCUGCAGACACCUUACUCUAAGGCCAACGUAAAAGUAUAGUAGGAAGAGAAUUGAGAAGUAGAGAAAAAGCGGAAACCACUGACAGCAUCUAAGCUCUGUUUAAAAGGCAAGAUUUUUUUUCUACCUGUAACGAUUCUUCCAACAUUGUUACACUGAAGUUUUACUAAAGAGGAAACUCACAGCAAAGGAAAGUGUAGGAGUAGUUACUGCCAUGAUGAAGCGGGCAAGAAAUCGGAAAGAAACUGCUGUGAAGGUAUUAUAAAUCCAGCUUUAAAGGUGAUCUACCAGACAAGAGUACGAUAUGCAAGCAGAUCCUCAAGUGCCUUUGUACAGCUACAAGAUACAUAUUUAGAGUUGUAUAUAUAAUGUAUUUCUAAUUUAUUUUGUGAGCGCUUUUGAAAAUGCCUAUGCUGCUUUGUAGCUGAUACGUUUAAUAAAAUAACUCUCAAAUAAAUUAGCUUCCUAUGAA